UCUGUUUAUUUCCCUUAAGGAAAUUUUCACUAAAUCUAUGUAUAUUAGUUAAAUGUAUGUAUCUAUCUAUAAAAUAUAAAUAUGAAACGUUUGUUUAAAUGUAGUUUCAGGUCACUAUGGAAAAUUGAUUAUUUUUUCUUUCUAUAUAUUUACAUACACAAACAAUAUAAAUAGUAAAGAAAAACCAUUUUGAUUAAAUUUGAAAAAUCAGUUGUGUUAAAUAUCAUUUAAACAAAUUGUAUUUCUUGCAUUUAUUUACAUUUAAAUAAAUAAACAACUUAACAAAAUGAAUUUGUAUUUUAGUUCAGUAGCUAGUCAACAACCAGGACAUUCAUCAUUAUCUAAAAUUAAUACAAAUACAAAACAUACUAAUCAAAUGAAUAAUCCAACACAUUCAUGUAAACAACAUGUAACAUUGUCAAAUGCUUUAGAUUUAUUUACUGGUAACAAUAUAACAAGUGGAAUUGGAGGAGGAAUUGGUAGUAGAAAUAGUUUUAGUGUUACUGGAAAUAAUCAUAUAAGAAAACUAGAAGAGACAACACCAGUUAAUAUUGUAUUAAGACGUGCAUCUAGUGAUUCACCAUGGGGUUUUCGUGUUCAAGGUGGUAGUGAUUAUCACUUACAACUUACAAUUUGUAAAACACAAUCUGGUAGUCCAUCAGAAGGUAUAUUACAAAGUGGUGAUGAGAUUUUAUCAAUUAAUGGAGAAAAUGCACGAAUUUUAAGUCAUGAAGAAGCAACACAAAAAAUUCGUUCUGCUGGUACUGAUCUACAAUUAACUGUAGCAAGAAGGCAAACAUGUGAUCUAAGUGAUAUUCGACCUAAAGGAUUACUGAAAUUUACAGCUCCACAGAACAACAGACGUUAAUUUUUCGCCUACUGAUGUAAUCAUUCUUGGUUUCAACAUACAAAUAUUCUUUCUUUUGUCUUCUUUUGUCCAUUUCUUCAAAUGAUCUAUUACUGUAUAUCACAGAAUAACAUAGAUGAGUGAUAGUUUGAACUGUCUUUAUUUGUUGUCACUAGUGUUGAAAAUCAUUGUUCAUGCAUUUAUUGUUGUUAGUUUGUAUGGGUAUGUAUUUUGUGUGUUUAUGUGUCUUAUUUAUGUUAUGACAACAAAAACUAUUGAAAAUAUGCAAAAAUCAAAUUUGUUAAUACGAAUAUAAAAUACAUAUAUUAGAUUCAA